CCAAACGAAGCCGUCAUCUCCACCCGCUUCCAGAAGCAGAGGAAUCAAUCCCACACACACCUCGCCACCGGCAAGCCGCGCCUCCGCCUCUCGCCCUCUCCAAUGGACGCGCCAUGGUUCAACCUCAACGCCGACGUCCUCCGCCUCGUCCACAAGCGCCUCCCGUGCCUCGUCGACCGCCGCCGCAUGGCCCGAGUCUGCCACAACUGGCGCGUCGCCGUCAAGCCGCAGCCGCAGCCGCAGCCGCCGCCGGGGACGAGGCCGCUCCCGUCGAUCCUCGUCCCGCGCGCCGACGGGCCUUCCUUCGCGUGCGCCCUCGCCGGCUGCGCCACCCACGGCUUCGGCCACCCGCUCCCGGCCGAAGCACGCGCUGCGCGCUACUUCGGCGCCUACGACGGUGGCUGGGUCUUCGUCGCCUUCGGCCGAAUUCUGGAGUACGCGCUACUCAGCCUCCGCAACGGCACGCGAUUCCACGUCCCCGACAUGAGCAUGGGCAUGGUGGCCGCGACCCUCUCUUCGCCUCCGGGCGACGAACGCUGCGUCGCCGCCGCCAUCAGCCAUUCCUGCAUGAUGGACAAUCCACGAAUCCAUGCAUUCGGGAUCCUGAGGCAUCGAGUUGCGGAGGAGGCGACUCAUGAUCCUGCUGAGUUCGUCACCACGUCAGUUCUGGAGGAUGUCAUACACCACAACAAAGCCUUCAAAUUCCUCACAAGAGAAGAAAACCUCCAUGUUUUUCCUGUAGCGGGCUUCCACGAAGACGUCAACGGCAAUCUUGAGAUACCGCCCGUGGAGGUUCAUCGCUUCUCGCGUGGCGGGCGAGAUUACGGCGGAGCCGUCGCUGUUCGCUACCUCGUGGAGUCCGGCGGGAAUCUCCUCAUGGUCGUCAGGCUCGUCACCGAUCCUCUUCUCUUGCCGACGAGGACGUCGGCGUUCAAGGUGUUCGAGAUGGUGGAGCCACCGACGAGGACUCCCAUCCACGACAAGGAGCCCGCAUUCGCUUGGAAGGAGCUGGAAUCGCUGGGUGGGCGGAUGCUGUUCGUCGCGCGAGGCUGCUCCAGAUCGUACAGCAAGAACAACUACCCGGACGCUGAGUUCAACGAGGGCGUCUACUUCUUGGAUGAUGGGAGACUCUACCGUGAGGGGUUAUCGUUCUUGGCUCCCGAUUCCCCAGAAUACCCCUGCAGAGACAACGGCAAGUGGACGGCGGCGGCGGCGGGUAGCAGCAUGGACAAGUUCUUGCCGGAGCAAGGCCCGUUGAACUACUCACCGCUGGCUUGGCUUCUCCCCUGAGAGUGCUCAUGUUAGUUUCACCUGUCUGAAAUGUGCUAUAGUGUAGUUUCAGUCAACAGUUUGAUGUUUCCGUCAAGAUUGGUGUGAUAAUUGUCGGUUGGUACAGUUGCUACUAUGCUGGAGCUACCUAGUAAAUUCUCCUUUUGUAGCAGAAAUGCAGUGUGGUCUGAUGAAUUACAUCUAUGCAGCAAUGAUAUUGCAGUCAAUAGUAAUGGAAUGUGUAAUUUUCA